AUACAUCUGAGAAGUGGAAGCGGGUAGUUGCAUGUACAUAUGCUAGAAGGGGAAAAAAGUUUCUUGAACUUCCCAGCACUUUUAAUCAUGACUGUCAAUUUAAAACUGUGUCUCCUAAGUUUCAUUGGAUUCACAGCGUCGCAGUUGAAUCCAGAAUUUUGUCCAGACCAGCAAUUCACCAGUGUCCCUUACAAACUUUGGUCUGCAACCAAUAGCUGGACCGGUGGGGUGCUUCCAAGCGCCGCUGAUGACGUCACAUUAAGCGAUGGCGUCUACCUGUUGGACACGAAUGUUGACGUCAGAAGUAUCACAGUCGAGUCGACCGCUACGUUGGUGUUUAAGGACGUGGAUCUUGUCGUUCGGACGCGGUACAUCCUGGUCAACGGAGCGCUUUAUCUGGGCUCAGAGAAGUGCAAACUACAGAAUGUUAUCGAUAUCACUCUUUAUGGUGACAAGGGAGAUGUCGCCAUUCCUGGUUUUGGGGAGAAAUUUAUCGGUGUGGAGAGGGGCGGUGUUCUUCAUAUUCACGGUAGUGACCAGCGGUCGUGGACAAAGCUGACCCAUACUGUCCCAAAACUGAAGGAAGGUCAGAUCUCCGAUAUAUAUAACGAUGGAGAAAGAAAGACCAAAUACCAAGGAAUAGUGAUGUAUGUUUGGGACGCAGCUUCCGGUAAGCUAGAACAAUCGACAGGCGUGUUCUCCGCUGGCCGUAACACUAUCACGGGAUCCGGAAAUCAAUGCGAGGCGGACGAAAACGCUCAACAGUUUGAGCAAAUCAUCAAUAGUGUUGCAGACGGAAAAAUUAUUGGCUUCGCCCUAAGAAAACAGCUUUUUCGCCACAGACGAGUAAACUAUGCCAUGUUUUACGAAAUCUUCGAAACUUUUGCCUUUGGAAAAGUGACAGGCGUUAGUCGUAUACGGGAUAUGAGGCUGCAUGAUGCCUGGUCGUUCGUCAUGAGGAAAGGUGACACCAAUACCUCACAAGAACUGUUUUUGAAGGACGAUAAGAAGAUUUUGGCGAGAACUGCGGAGGUUUAUCACUAUGAGAACGGUAUCAAGUUCUCCGUCAGGAGCUGGGUACAUACUAUUCGCCGUGGUGCCUGUUACUCCCGCGCUAAAAGCGCCCAGGCCAACAUUGCUGAUCCAAAAUUGUCCUUGACCAAUGACGUCACUUCCUGGCAAGUGGGUGACGAAGUCGUUCUGCUGUCGACUGAUUAUGAUCCUAAGCAAGCGGAAGUGACGACCGUAAAACAUUGCGAAGACUGUGGACCCCAGGAAAUCAGAAUCAACUUGGAGCCAAAGUUCACUCACUUCGGAGAAAUAAUAAAUGGCGUUGAUAUGAGAGGAGAAGUCGCUCUUUUGACCCGUAACAUAAAAAUCCGAGGUGCUCCGGCUUCCAACAGCAAGACUCUUGGAGGACAUAUCAAGGUACUGAGAGGAUUCAAAGAAGCACAGGUGGAAAAUGUAGAACUUGUUAACAUGGGGCAGUUGGAUACAUUAGGAAAAUAUCCAUUCCAUUGGCACAUGUGUGGUGACGUCACGAACUCCUACAUCCGGGGAAGUAGUAUCCGGAACUCCAACGCUCGUUGUGUCACUGUGCAUGCAACUAACGGUGCGGUGGUGGAAGACAAUGUCUGCUUUAAAGCUGUCGGGCACGGUUACUUUCUGGAGGAAGGAGGAGAGGUGGAUACGCUAUUUAGUGGAAAUCUGGGCGCGGGGAACACCAGGACGAACAGACUGACUAAAACAGAUGGAAUGCCCUCAACCUUUUGGAUCACAAAUCCCAAAACAGUUAUGAGAAAUAACGUGGCAGCCGGAAGUGACUACGCCGGGAUCUGGUAUGUGUUCCCUGACGAACCCAUUGGGGCCUCCUUUGGUGUCGUCAAAACGAUGCAGAAAGAGGAGGCCAAGCGCACACCCAUAAAGGAGUUCAGCAACAAUGUAGUUCACUCUAAUCGCGUGGCCGGGCUGUUCUUUGACAGACGUCUUCGAAACAAUACAGGUUUUGGCUCGGGCACCAAGUACAACCCCCUCAGUAACCCCCUGGACGAGAAUUCCGCCCCUCGGACCGCCGUCUUCUCCAAGUUGACCGCGUACAAAAACGAAAGGUUCAACGGAUGGUUUGAUGCAUCCAAUAUCCAUAUCACGAAGUCAUCGUUCUCGGACAGCUUGGUAUCAUUGGCCAUGAGGAGGAGUGCUGAUGGUCCCGAGUGUUUGGUCACUAACAGUGUGUUUAUGGGGGAGUCCGUGAACUUAGGCGAGCCCUCAGUGAUUAGAGGGAAGGGCAUGGUCAAGACCUACCCCCGGGCUGUGCCCCUCCGAAUGGCGAACCAGCCCCGACAAGGUUUCGUGUUCUAUGACCGAGCGGUUAGUGUGGAGGAUUCCUGGUUUGGUAAUUACGCUAGCACAGAUGACUACAGCGCAGGCGCCAUCGGUUUCCAAAGAAACAACAAGCAUAGAACUGCUCAUGGCGUUUUCACCAAAAACCUCUUGUGGGGAUUCAAUGAUGCUUCCCAAGGAAACCGAGUAUUUGACGGUAACGCAACGGACUUGGGCUUUACGUCAUGGGAUGGGGAUGACGUGGCGGUGUUCAAAGACCUUGACGGUUCCGCCACAGGAACUGCAGGAAGUUGUGUGGUAAAACCAAUACCGUUCCACAUGACUGAUCAGUGUGUGGAAAUCGAUAACUGGAAAAUGGCGAUUUGUCCACAUUCAUUUGCCCAGGUCCAGGUCAAUUUCCAAGGAAAACGCACUGACCAAAUAAUAGUCACGCGAGAUGACGACAUUGAUGACCCUGUGGUUGCUGACAAAAUGUCGAAAGCCCCGUUCCUGGCGAUUGUGGGAGGCACCUACAGUUACCUUGUAAAAUCCAAUGCCCAGAAAGCUCCCGACUGGUGGAAUUUUGAGUUCUUGGGCGUAUCUCUCUCCAAUACCGUGCCUUUUGCUGUGUGUAUUCCACGCCAGUCAGCGGUGAGGCCCGCCAUGAGAAGCCUUAACAGUGGGAAAUGGGAACGGGGAGUGGCUGUAUCAACCUAUGAAGAAUUCAGAUUGUCCAAAUCUUUCCGGGAUUAUUUUGUUGAUCAGGAAGUGGGGGUUAUCUUCUUCCGAGCAACGCACAUCCGGGAACAGACGGAGAUGGACCGCGAUAACUGUCUAGACAACAAGUGUCCAUUCCUUGGCUUCCGGAACACCGGUGGCGACAGAACGGACACUGACUGCACUGACCGCUUCUACGCAAAGUACAAAAGAGACGACAUCUUGCCCGCUCGAAAGAAGAGAGCCACAGUCACUACAAACCUUCCAGAUCGAUUUCCGGCUACCAGUACCACGCCCCCUGCAAACUGGGGAGCCGGAUCUACGACCUCUGUAAUACCCGACCAUACCCGUAUCUAGUAGAACACUGUAAAACAAAAUAAAUGUCUUAGUCAG